CCCACACCGCUCGUGCCGGAUGACACACCGCGUGUUUUCGCAACCCCGACUCUUGUUCAUUCGUUGCUCAUCCGUCGCAGGCCUUCGUUCUCCGCCAUAGCCAGCGGAGGAGGAGGUAGAAGGGGGAAAGAGCCCGUCAACCUCUUCCAGGCAGCUUUCCCGCAGAUCCCUCUAAAACCUUUUUGCUCUCCUUACCUGCAGUAGUAGCAUUAGCAUCAGUCGCAGCAGUACUAGCAGUAGCAGCAACGCAGCAACCAUCAGCCAGGCCAGCAGCAGCCGCGACAGCAACAUUCAAGGAACAUCAUCAACAACAGCAACAACCUCCACCUCCAAUACUGGAACUCGGCCCUCGGUCAUCCAGCCCCUCUCCGUCCUCCGUGUUGGUUGCACGCGCACUGUAGUUGAGACCAUUGCCGCUGUCCACUCUCCUGCCUUGUUACGUCGGGCCUGUGAUCCGUGACGCAUAGGAAGCGAGCGAUUUCUAUUAGCAAGCUGGCCGCCCUAGAGACUGAGAUGGCUCGCGGGUGCUCCCACUGUGGUCAUAACGGUCAUAAUUCAAGGACAUGCCCUGAUCGAGGGGUGAGACUGUUUGGUGUUAGGCUCACAGAUGGGGUUAUGAGGAAGAGUGUCAGUAUGGGUAACCUAAGCCACUACAUCGGCCCCAACAACCCUCCUUCUCCACCCAGUCAUUCCGAGUCUGGAGCCGGUGGCGAUGGCUACGUCUCCGACGGUCUCGUUCAGACAUCGAACAACACCAGAGAAAGGAAGAAAGGUGUACCAUGGACAGAGGAGGAACAUAGACUUUUUUUACUUGGCCUUCAGAAGCUUGGAAAAGGAGAUUGGAGGGGUAUAUCCAGGAACUUUGUCCAAACCAGGACACCAACUCAAGUGGCUAGUCAUGCUCAGAAGUAUUUUAUCAGACAAAGCAAUAUGAACAAGCGAAAGAGGCGAUCGAGUCUCUUUGAUAUCGUCUCCGAAACGGGACCUGCACCAAUUUUGGAAGAACCAGCAACCAAGUCUGCUUCUGACAUGGCAGCUCCUAUGCAUCAGCUUAGCUUAGGACCAAACUCGAUGUACCCAGGGAUAUUCUACGAUGCUAACAAUCCACAUGGUUAUGUUAGGCCCUAUAUGCUACCCCCAACCUCAAUGGCUGUACCCAUCAUGUCGAUUGGACCUGUCUCGUUAGGGGCUUCGGAGCAAAUACCAGAGACAUCUGCGGUGAAUUUCUCAGGACCUAAUGGUGCAAUGGGCAUUUCUUAUCCUUUCCCAAUGUUUUCAAUGAUGCCACGAGGAUACAACAGGCCUGUAAACUCUGUGGACUCGAAGGUAUUGAGGCCCACAGCGAAGUUAUCAACAGAACCUUUGAAUGUUGGCGUCAAUGAGACGAAGGAGAUGUCGCAGUUGAAUUUGGGACUACCUACCCCAGAACCGUCUCAACUCACUCUGAAGCUUUUGGAUCAACCAUCCAGGAGUUCUUCUGCUUUCCAUGUUAGCACAAGUAGCAUCAGUUCAAGCGGCAAUGCGAUCGGUGUGGUGUGAGGAGGAACAACAGUUUUCCGAAGUUUUGUUUUGAUGCGGAAGUAGAGUUGAGUUGUGUUGAUGGAGAUGUAGAUACGGUGCUGGCGGGUGCAAUUUUUCCUGGCUGGCGUUGGGUAUAAUUCAUGCUGGAAAGGAAGGGCGUCUCUGGUUCUGUAGAUUAAUUCUUAUGUAAAUAGCUACGAAUUCAUUUCUCUGCCAGAUGCUACUCAGAUGCCAGGUUGUAAACUACAAAGAACAGUGCGCAGAGAGACAGCAGCUUGGUGGUGGCUUGUCCCUUCAAGGGAUUCGGUCAGUGGAACGUUGAAUGUAGCAAUCAAUCCACAGCACCUUGCCAUCAAAGGCUCAAGGCUGAGGCACAUUGAAUUCCAGUCUGCAGGUUAGCCAUAUCCGUACAAUCGCGGCUUGGCUGCUUUCGAGGUUUCCAUAUCUUCCAAGGGCUUAUGUCCCUCCAAAUUUGACGAAAUGAAAAUUUGUUUCUGGAAUUCAGAUAUACCGCUAAGUCUCUUAUCUUUUA